AGGUUUUUAAACCUCGACGAUAAAGUUGACGAGCUUCAUUUCACGACUCUCCUCAUGUAUUGGGACAGCGUUGCCGCCCAGAAUAAAUCAAUGAAGGGAUCAGAGAAUAGAAGGAAGAAGAUGCAUGACCACCACUCAGGCGUACACUCCUAUGCCAACCUAGAGAAUGGGAAAAUCAAGAAUGUUGAUACACUUGAAGGCAAUGGCGACAUAUGGUACUUUCAGUGAUCGAUAUAGGGGUGAGGACAAGAAUCGGGAUAAGAUUAAGGCAAAUCUCGAGUUGGUGGAGGGUUUUGAGACUGCAACUAUUGAGUAUGCAACAGUGUACAUGUUGCAGGAGGGAGAACAAGGUGAGCCGGACUCUCACAUGCUUUCUGCAGAGGAUAACAUCACUCUCACUCAGAACCUGAUGGGAGAUAAUAGGAGAGGAAGAUAUCCUUUGCAUGAUGUUGGAACUUCACCAAGGAUAAGCAAAAAAUCAUCCAUAGCAUUCUCCAUGCCAUCUACAAUAAUGAGAGCAGCCCCAAGCAGUUUCAAAGCUAUGUUAUUUGUCCUACGUAUCUCUGCAUAUUUGUUUCACAAGAUUGACCUAGAGUUGCAUAUUUAGGUGACUAAUGAUGAGCAACAAAGUGAGGAGGGCCAACAUGAUGGACGAUGUCAUAGCUUAUGUUAUAAAAUAUUUAGGCGGUGUGAUUCCCUAUAGCGUGUAUGGUGGUAUCAUACAGCUCAUUGUAGGAUUGAAAAAUUAAAGUUUGAUUGAUUUAUUAUUUUAAGA